AUGGCCCCCGCGAGGAGGACGAUCGAUCGAUCGAAAUCUAGAGAUAGAGAGAGAGAUAUUCCCAAAGACUUUCCGAUACGAGCGAAUCACAAAACGUGCGCCAUUUGCUCUCUCUACAAAGACAUUCCGAUACGAAAUCGAUUAAAAAACGUGCCCCAUUUGCUCUCUCUGAUAUGCAUUCUCCUCCUUCGCGUUUCCUACUCCCCGCCUAAACGACGCCGGAUAACUCCCCGCCUCGCGAUCGGAGAUGCUGGCCGCCGCCGCCGCCGUCGCCGCGAUUCCCUCCUCAUCCGCCGCCGCCGCCGCCGCUGUGCCCCCGGCGUGCGCGCCGCCGGCGCCGGCGCCGGCGUCGCCUUCCCUCUGACCUCGCGGUCCGAAUUGGGGCUCAGGGUUUGCCGCGCCCCUGCCUCGUCUCGGUUCCCGGUCGUCUCCGCCGCGCGCCAGCUCAAGGCUGCAGUCAUUACGAAAGAUUCGUGGCAGGAGUUGAUUGUAAACAGUGAAGUUCCUGUACUGGUUGAAUUCUAUGCUAGUUGGUGCGGACCAUGCAGGAUGGUCCACCGGAUCAUAGACGAGAUUGCAGAAGAGUAUGCUGGGAAGAUCAGAUGUUUUUUACUCAACACUGACAAUGACCUGGAUAUUGCUGAAGACUAUGAUAUCAAGGCUGUUCCGGUGGUCUUGCUUUUUAAGAAGGGACAGAAGUGUGAGUCUGUUGUUGGUACCAUGCCAAAGGAUUUCUAUGUUGCUGCAAUACAGAGGGUAAUAGACUUCUAAGAACAUUUACGAGGAAAUUAGUUGGAGGAUGAUAUAUUUGACCGUCGUCCCUCGCAGUGUGAUAAAAUUCUGCUGAAGUGCAUGAUGAUGUAGAAUGUACAUCCUUUAGAUGUUGUAACCACCAAAAAUCUCAGCCUCCUAGUUUUGGGUACGGUACUUUCUCAUCUCAGGCUUUCCUGCCUUGAGGGAACAGUUUGAAGUCUCUUCUAUGAACAGUAGUGGUGCCGGCUUCUGUCUUCAAUUUCACAUAGAUAAAAGUGGUUUUCUCUUGUCAGAUUCAAUUUGUUGCUGUUAUUAAUGAAAUUAUCAAGUUGCGGGUA